AUGGACGCAACAGAUUUUAGGAACUACGAUGUACACGGUCUAUAUUCUACUGGUCCUCGUGAUGAAUCUGAAAAUUACGAUGGAUCAUCAACAGAGUUUCCUUGCGAUGCUGGUCAUCUUGAAGAAUCUGAAAACUCCAAUGGUGCUUCAGCAGUAAAUGCUUCAAACAACUUCGACACUCAGGGUGUUUUGGAUCGGGUUAGUGAAAAAUGUGGCUCUUCAUGUGACAGUUACCAUAGUGACAGCCCUGAUUCUGACAGAAGCAUGGUGCCAUUUAACAAUGAUAUUUUUAACUCUUCAAAUGGAAUUGUGGGGAUUCUUAAUCCUAAUGUUAAUAUUGGAAAAGCAACCAACUUAACUUAUCAACAGUUUAUAACAGAUGAUGGAACUGAGCUUCUACCAGAACUCACAGAUAAGUUGAUGGAGGAUGUAAAUUGUUAUUUUGAUAUUUCUGAAACCAAAGCCUGGCAGAGUGUUCUAAACACAGACAAAAUAGCGUUUGUGGUUGGCCAUUCAGAAUCUUUUAAGAGAUCGAUCUCAUUACAAUUUUACGAGAAAUACAGGUCUCGAGUUGAUGUAUUUAAAUUGGAUGGUACUGAAGAUUGGAAGAUUUUUUACAAGAGAUCAGAGCCUUUUGCAAUUUUCAUGGAAGAUGCUUUUGGACCUCUUGGUACCGAGUUUCCUGGUAUUACUCUGCUAAUCAAAAAUCAUUCAACCUUUCAAAAUUUAGAGGCAGCACUUUUUACGAUGAGUCCUCUUUCAUUCGAACGAAACAAAGAAAAUCUUAAAAAGUGCAUGAAACGUGAAUUGUCUGAUUACGUUGUCCAUUUGGAAAAAGAAGAUAUAUUGAGUGAAGAUGAUAAACGUGUAAUUCUGAAAAAGUCUUUCGAACUUGUGAAAGAUAAUGGUCGCUCUUUGAAAAAAACGAACAAUGACGGAACAAUUUGUUUUGAAAAUUUUAUUGAUGACAUAUUGGGUAUGGCAGAAAAUCCUAUAUUUUUAGAUACUUGUGAAGAAUUUGUUGUUUAUGAAAGACACGAUGAGAAUGUGCUUCAAUUUUUUUCCUUGCCAUUGGAUUGCUUUAUCAAUGAUAUUAAGUAUUUGAAAGAAAAAUGGCCAGAUGGAUAUCAUGUGUUACGUUUAGUUGCAAGUUUUUGA